AUGUCUGGCGAGGACACUUAUGCUCCCCGGAGUCCGGAUCUCUCUUCCUUCUAUUCAUCGGGCCCCACUCCGCCAGCGGAACAAGCACAAACCCAGCACUGGCCGCCGUUAUCACAAUCACAACCCCCGUCACAGUUUUCUCCGCAACGGCCACACAAGCUUCCGCCUUCAAGUACAUAUUUUUCAGGCCAGCCAGCAGCAAACCAAAGCUCUCACCAUUACCAACUUCAUCAACCACAACCACAACCACAAUCGCCACAUCAGCAACCACAGCUCGCGACACCGCCUCAGGCCUUGGCGCAAACCGUACGACCAUCCAAGAACCUCAGCGACAUCACCAAUCAGCCGCCCCUAAACACCAGCUUUAGCGGAGCCGCAUACCCACCGCAGUCGCAGACCUACUCAACUUAUAUCCCCCAGUCUGCUGUUCCCGCGUCGCAACCCGCUUCGGCGUCCAGUUACACAGCUCCUUCGCCGCAAUCAUACCAAAACCGAUCGUGGUACGGCGCAGACAAUUAUCAGUACCGUCCACAAAAGCCGAUUCAUCAGCAACAGCAGCAACAGACACCACUUCACGCGCAGCAUUACACGUCCGGCGCGUUCACAACUCAACCUGCUGGCUUUCCCCACGGUCUAGACGGCACAGUCAGCCCACCGGGAUCUCACGACGCGAACCACAACAGCAACAACAUCAACUCCGGCAACCCCGCAAGCACGAUGCCUCCCAAACGUGGGGCAGCUGCCCGACCCCCACCUCCCACCAUCGAGCCCUCCCCAGUCAAGACAAAGUUCCCAACAGCGCGGAUCAAGCGCAUCAUGCAGGCUGACGAAGAAGUAGGCAAGGUGGCACAGCAGACGCCUAUCGCGGUGGGGAAAGCUUUGGAGCUUUUUAUGGUGCAAAUGGUGACUAAGAGCGCGGAUCUAGCCCGGGAGAAGAACUCGAAGCGAGUAUCAGCACAAAUGCUGAAGCAAGUCGUCGAGGCGGACGAGCAAUGGGACUUUCUGAGAGAAAUCGUUAGUAGGGUUGAGACGACAGAAGAGAAAAAGGGAGGUCCUAGCAAAUCCAAGAGCGCAGCCGAGACGGAAAGCGAGGACGAGGCACCCGAGAAGAAGAAGAGAGCUGGCAGGAGGAAGAAGGUAGCCUGA